AUGGUGAAGCCCGUCCGAGACCCAGAAUUGGAAUUCGACACGGAGCGCGACCUCGAUGAUGUUUGGGCGGACAUGCUCGUGCAGUAUGCAGCUAUAACCGACGACCCCACCCUCUCGCCCGAGGGCGAAGAGCGACGACAACAGUCACAUGAAGCCCUGGUGGCACAAGUGCUGCGCGAUGUUGAGGCCAGCCGAUCGGCGAACAAAUCGUACGCAAAGGAAAUCCUCCUCAAAACGGGCGGGCUCCUGCAGAAGCUCGGUGGCGUACUUGCGUCCGCCGCCAGCAUUGCGUUUGGCCCAGCAGACCAUUGUUACAAUGCUAUCAGCUUCGUCGUCAAUGCCGGCAAAGAGUACAGUAAAGUGAUUGACGGCUACAUAACGCUGCUGGAGCAUUGCGCGACAUUUCUUGCACGUAUAGUACAUCAUCUGGAACGAGCCCGGGCCGAAGGAGAGGCGCGUCUGCCUCCUCAUUUGCGGAGAUCGGCCUACAAAGGAUUAAGCAUAUUCCUGACGGUACAGGCUCACUGCCGCAAUCAUGCUCGCAGUAAGCGCACCAAAGCGAAGUUGUUCUGUGCCGUUGUGCUCUUCAGCGAUGACGACGACGUCAAGAGCAACCUCGAAAAGCUGACGCGUGUGUCUUUCGACCUCACCGGCGAAACGGCGGAUGAGAUCCUUGGUGACGUCAAGGGUCUCGCUCGGUGGAUCCAGGCGACCGACGUCGAAAGGCAGCGCCACGAGGAGGAAUGCCGCAGACAUUUCGAAGCUAUCAAAGACAUUAAGGACAGCAUCGAUCACGUGGCUAAGACUACCGAGACGACGGGCAUGCUCGUCGGGCAGCUCAAAGCAAACAAGGACAGUGAGGAGAACGUCAGAAAAAUCGCAGACGCACUCCACCUUCGAGAGUCGGACCGGAAGUGGGAAGGACAGCACAAGGCUGUCCGCAAGCUGGCAGGAACUGGUAAAUGGAUGCUCGCGUCAGAUGAGUUCAAGCUCUGGGCAAAGCUGAAGAAUGAGCACAAACUCAUCAUGCUCGAAGGCAACGAAGGUUCUGGCAAGACUUACCUUUGUAGCCAUGUACUCGACUAUUUGACGGACUAUGCCAAUCGCGCAGCCAACGAGCACGUUUUUGUGGCCUAUUACUUUUACGAGAAGGGCGCCAGCGCAGAUGAUUGCAUCAGCGCCCUGGUGUACCAGCUUGCACGGAGCAAUGAAGCCUACGCCGCUCAAGCGGCCUCAAAGUGCCCUGAUGCAGGCUUCUUUAGCAGUGCUUCGAAGAUCUGGGAGACAUUAGUCGUCGGUCUGGCAGAUUCCCUCAAGGAUCAUUAUUUCCUAGUGAUCGAUGGCUACCCUGGCGACAAAGAGGGUACAAUGAUGAAAGACCUGAUCAAUCGGACCAUCGUGUCAGGCAAUAUCUCCAUGAAUCUCUUUCUCUCCGGUCGCCAUGAGGAUUUGAUAGGUCUUUCAGACAAGUGCCCUAUCUUCUCACUCGGCGUGUCCGAUCUUAGUUGGGAUGACGACGAGCGUGCACCAUCCCCGAAAAACAAUGAUGAUCUUCUUCUUUAUACAAAGCAUCGCAUAAACAAGCUAUGCGAGGAGAAUGGAGAUUUUCGAGGCAUUCUGAACGAUCCCGAACGAGACAUUGCCACAGAAUUCGUCCGUGGAACGCGCGGCGAUUUCGCGAAGCUUGUCCACAAACUAGAUGAAGUAAGUGAAGCGCAGAAUCCCUCGACUCUCGAAAAGCUUAUUGGUCGCGCGGGUGAAAGCGAUCAGGAAAGCUUCGACCGCGUAUUGCUGGGCUUGUACGAUACGCUAUCGCCGGAAGAUAUCAAAGAGCUAAACAUAUUGCUGCCAUGGAUCUACUACGGUGGAGACCUCAGUCAGAAACUGCUUCGAACCGUCGUGCAAUGGAAAACCGGCCAGGUCUGCUGGUUAGAGACCCACAUUCGGACGAAGUUCAAAGCACUUCUCAAGCUGGAUGAACGCAACAUGGUCAGUGCAGCAUUUGGCGAGGACCAUGUCCGUGUUGCGACAUCGGACGUCAGCAACAUCAGCAUCAAAUCGAUCCAAGCGACCGAUGUGGCCUUGCGAAUUGCUCGAGUUCAAAAGUGUGAAGUCGACCUGGUGCAGCACUUCGUCAAAGCGUAUUGCACCGAUGACUUGUACAAGCGCUUUCAAUUCGACGAUUUCUUCCGCGAGAAAAGCUCUGGAUCGUUAGAAAGGAUUCAACUCGAUAGCGAAUAUCACAUCGAAGCUAGUAUCCUGCAGACCUGCCUUGAGGCUCUUGCUGAUAACACGACCGACACUGACUUCGAGCCACUUCGUGGCUAUGCUUCUUACAGGCUUGACGAACAUCUUUUGGCUUUAAAGCCUUAUGAAAUCGGCAAAACAGAACUACUUCGUCUCGGUGAAUUGUUUUCUGCCAUCCUCUGGGACGACGAAGCCAUUGAUGCAUGGUGGUCCUGGGACUACGCGUAUGAUCUACGUUCCUGGUGGCUGGGCGACUAUAACAACAACAUCCUAAAAAAGCUGGUCGAGCUCUUGAAGCAUCCGCACGUUAAGGCCGCUUACUCGUCGGACUCGGAGCGAUCGCAGGGAAUCUUGGCGAUGAUGUCGGGUAUCGAGAACGAGUCCCAAAUCCUCCGUCAAGUUGCUAAGAGACUCGCGUCUCGGUGGCUUCGUGCUGUCGAUCUAGACAUGCGGUAUUUGCUAUGCAGCUAUGAUAUCUGGGCCAAGAUCCAAUUGGACAAGAAUAGCAAAGAUUCCUAUCUAUGGGCAACCACUUCCAUCGAGGAAGUGGAGAAAUUUAUGGAAUUCGCUCAAGACGCCUCCGCUGUCUCUGUAGACAAAUUGCAGCUUGAAACACGCAAAGCUGUCGCCCUUUGGGCGAAUGGGUAUAUUAAGGAAGCUGUGGAUGUCUGCUCAAUUUCUCAAUUAGAAUCCGGGGCCGACAGACAUUGGCCCUUGCUCCUACUACGAGCCGUUAUCCACGUUGGGGCCAAGGAGUACACUAAUGCACUGGAAUGCAUACGCACUAUGAUGGAUACAAACGAACUAUCCAAAACAGCUAACGCCGAGUUUACAAAGGUUUACUGGAAUAGAUUGUUGCUUCUUAAAGGACAAUGCCAUCAGUCUUUGAGUCAAGUCGACGAAGCAGCCCGCUGUUACCUCAAACUUCUGCAGCAUGGAGGGGAUGAUAACGAACAGAUGUCUGUGUGUAGAAAUGCCCUCGUGCAGCUUCUCCAGACAUGGACUGAGUCUGAGAAUUACCUUCUUAUCGUUGAUCACAUCAAGCAGUGGAAAACCGACAGGUUUGAUAAUUCCAAGGAAAGCAGUCUUUACUGGUUCCGCAUGGCUUUGUCUAUGCCCAAUUUCCAUCCCUAUGUUUUGCUUGCGAUUGCUCGUACAAACACACACGAGGUCAUCAGUGCUCUUUAUAAGAACACUAACGAGCGUCUCACAAAGAAUAAGAGUGAGGGCGAUAACAAGAUAUUGGCAGAGACGCUGUGCUUCUACCGCGCAUGCAUACUUCUCUACUGCUCUACAAGCGACCAAGAGCAGAAAAGCGGACUGAAGAUGCUUAUGGAAAUGAUUCUUAGCGCGCAGGACGGUGAUUACGAUAGGUACUCUCCGAAGCUCAUCGCUGUUACGCACGUCACUCGGACUUUGCUCAAUCGCGGCAUUGUUCUGCAGAGACAAGUUGAGACAGCAUCGGAGGAGCAUCAGCAGAAUGUGGAGAAAGGACGCAAGGAAGUGCUCAAGCAAUUGCGCCACAUCGCGACCUUUCACUCGGACAUGCUAAAAGCCUGUCGACGUACCCCAUACCGGGAUCCUCGGCUCGCCUUGGCCCGACUGGAGCUAAAGGUUGGCCAUGAAGUCGAGUUCCGGCGGAUCAUCAAAGACCUCCUGCAUAAGCAAUUUGACCACUGGCCGGAACCAGAGGAGCUUUGGGCCAUCUCAGACCGCCUGGGAAAGGUUGCCGUAAUUCUGGGGGCAACUGACGAGGACCAGGACACGAUUGCUGCCUGGCAGCUGACGAACUUGCCAAACUUCAAAGAGCCAACUACCAGUGCAUCAAGCACUUCGACCCUGGAGAAGAUCUCGACAGAAGACGAAGCCGAAGGCACGAAGGCGGACUUGCUAGAUGCCCAGGUAAUGGCAGGGUCGCAGCCUACAAACAGUGAUGCUGCCGCGAGCAUGGGAACAUCCGCAGCGGCAAACGUCACUGUGAAUCCAGACGAAAGCGUACCAGAUCCAACCACGAGCACAGACUCCGAAACCUCGUCAGAUUUAGUCUUCGGCAGUGAACCGAAUUUUAGUUGCGAUGGUUGCGGCGUCGUCUGGGCCGUUAUGGAAGACUUUUAUGCAUGCAAGCAUUGCGCCGUAACGCAGCUCUGCGCGCCCUGUCAUGUGAAACUGCUCGCGCGGCAGCUGCCACCCACGACAUGCAACCCCCAUCACGAAUUCGUCCACGUGCCGCCCUUUGAUCGCCCAGCUUGGGCCGCCCUCGGCCCGGGCAACAUGCUCUACGGCGGUAAAGUCGUCUCCCAAGUGGCUUGGUUGGAGCAGUUGCGCACCAGAUGGGCUUUGCGACAAGAUCAGAUCGAUGCGCGACGGGAUCGGCUACGGAAGCUGCUCGCAAAGAUGUUGCAGGUCUACGUGACGUCUGUGGCGAUUGUGAAGUUUUGGCGAAGAUAUAAACGGGAAAGGUACGAAGACGAGGAAUUUCAGCGUAUUGCCCUCGUGGACGGAGUGUAUACAUGGGUGACAUGA